GCUAUGCCCCGCCCACAGAACCAGUAGUAAAAAAAAUUGAAUCCCACCACUGGUUUCCUUGUUUUAUUUAUGGAGCUGUACUGUAUAUCUCCAAUAUAAAUCUCUGCGUGGGAACAAUAUCUGGAGAAAGUUAUCACAAUUGCCAUUUAAAAUAUAUGUACAUGGAAACUUUCAAUUGCAUAAAUUAUUAAAAUAGAUUAUGGAAAAUAAAUACAUAAAGUCUAAGGAUAGGUGAUAGUUGAUGUAAUAAAGCCAUAUGGACAUUCAUUUGGAUGUUUGGAUAUGAACUAUUGAAAUAUAUCACUACAUAACUAUAACAUUAGAAUAUUUAAUUCAGUAAGUGCUACUGAUGUUGUUUUUUGUUUUUUUUUAGGGAGAAUACAUUACACAUUUUGAAACAAUGGCAGUUAAACACAUUCACUGGGAGUUUACGUCCAUUAGUGACUGAAGUAGACCCAGAUGCUCCAGUAAGGCAGAAAAUGCCACUUGAUGAUUUAGAUCGUGAAGAUGAUGCACGAUUGCUCAAGUUCCUUUUUACUCUCAUUCGAGCAGGAAUGACAGAUGAGGCCCAAAGACUCUGCAAAAGGUGUGGCCAGGCCUGGAGAGCUGCAACACUUGAAGGAUGGAAACUGUACCAUGAUCCUAACAUGAGUGGAGGACAAGAGCUAGAGCCAGUAGAAGGAAACCCAUACAGAUGCAUUUGGAAAAUCAGUUGCUGGCGACUUGCAGAAAAGGAGCAGUUUGACAAGUAUGAGAGAGCAAUCUAUGCAGCACUUAGUGGGAAUCUCAAACAGCUUCUUCCAGUAUGUGAUACCUGGGAAGAUGCUGUUUGGGCAUACUUCAGAGUCAUGGUAGACACACUUGUUGAACAGGAAAUUCGUUCAUCUGUGAUGAACACAGAGGAGAAGGAAGAACUCCCCAGAGAAUAUUUGGAAACAAACUGGACAUUAGAAAAAGUAUUUGAAGAACUUCAAGCAACAGACAAAAAGAGAGUUUUGGAAGAGAAUCAAGAGCAUUAUCAUAUGAUUCAAAAGUUUGUUAUCCUAGGAGAUGUGGAUGGUCUUAUGGGUGAAUUUUACAAAUGGCUUUCCAAAGGCAGAAAUACGCUCCCUGGGCAUCUGCUUCGAUUCAUGACUCAUCUCAUUUUAUUUUUCCGUACUUUGGGGCUUCAAACCAAAGAGGAAGUAUCAAUUGAUGUUUUAAAGGCCUACAUUCAGUGGUUAAUACGUGGGAAGCACACUGAUCUCAUAGCAUUUUACAUCAGCCACCUGCCUCAAGAUGUAGCUGUUGCUCAGUAUGCUGCAUUCUUGGAAGAUGUCAUAGACACUGAACAACGGCACCACUGUCUGGAGCUUGCCAAGGAAGCAGGUUUGGACAUUGCAACUAUAACAAAAACAGUGGUUGAAAAUAUUUGCAAAAAAGAUACUAGUGAGUUCUUCCACCAUGAUCUUGCAAUUGAGACAGGCACAACAGAGGAUGAUCGCUUGAAGAUUGAUGUGAUUGACUGGCUAAUAUUUGAUCCUGCUCAGAGAGCUGAAGCACUUAAGCAAAGCAAUGCUAUAAUGAGGAAAUUCUUGGCAUCUAAGAAGCAUGAAGCAGCCACAGAAGUAUUUAUAAAGAUUCCACAAGACUCUAUAGCUGAAAUAUACAAUCAAUGGGAAGAACAAGGAAUGGAGAGUCCACUUCCAGCUGAAGAUGACAAUGCUAUUAGAGAGCAUUUAUGUAUUAGAGCAUACCUGGAAGCCCAUGAAGCUUUUAAUGAGUGGUUUAAACACAUGAAUUCAGUUCCACAGAAGCCAAGCCAGCUUCCACAAGCAAGUUUCACAGAAAAAGUUGCCCAUGAACUUAAAGAGAAGAAAUAUGAGGUAGAUUAUGGCAUCUGGAAAGGUCUUUUAGAUGCUCUUACAGCUGAUGUAAAAGAAAAAAUGUAUAAUGUCUUAUUGUUUAUCGAUGGAGGAUGGAUGGUUGAUGUCAGAGAGGAUGCUGAAGAUGAUCCUGAGCGUUGUCAUCAGAUGAUCAUGCUACGAAAACUCUGCUUGCCAGUGUUGUGCUUCCUCCUUCAUACAGUCUUGUACAGCACUGGACAGUAUCAGGAAGACUUAAGACUUGCUGACUUGAUUGCUUCCGAUAGGCACAAACUCUAUAUGAUAUUUUCCAAAGAGGAACUCCAGAAGCUCUUACAGAAGUUGAGAGAGUCUUCCCUCAUGCUUUUGGAUCAAGGUCUUGAUCCCCUUGGAUAUGAAAUUCAGUCUUAAUUACAUUGUUCUAGGUAAUUCAAAUAAAAUUAGUGAUACAAAUGAAUAUAAGGUUUGGAUCCCAGAUUCUUGGCCUCCAUGAAAUAGAGAAUAUUUGGAUUCAACCUCCAUUGUUUUAUAUGGAAAUAUUUAAAUAUUUUAUUGGCAUUGGCGCACAGCAGUUUGGAUUUUUUUUAUAUGUAAAAUAAAGAAUUGCAUGGAUAAUACUUUGUAUUUUUCUCAAUAAAAUUGUAAACAAUUUAA